AUGAGCUGGGAUCAAGAUCACAAGCCGACAGAGAAGGUGGAGAUUAAUGAGGCUGUUGGGAAGCUGCUGCUAUCGUUUAACUAUGAUACAAUUUUGCCUCAACCUACGAAAGGCGGCGGCUGCAUGCGCCGCGCACACGUAAAGCGGCCGAUGAACGCCUUUAUGGUGUUCGCACAGGCAAUGCGCAGGCGGCUUUCUGAAGAGAGACCUUCACUACAUAAUGCAGAACUUAGCAAAUCACUGGGCUCUAUGUGGAAAAGUCUGAGCGAGGAAGAAAAGUUGCCAUUUGUGAAAGAAGCGGAAAAGUUACGUACACAGCAUAAAAGAGAAUAUCCCGAUUACAAAUAUCAACCUCGAAGGCGUAAACCUCCACCGACAGCAACAGCGAGGUUAAAGCGAGAACCCACUCCAGAAAGAUCGCAAAUCGAUUUUUCUCGUAUUGAAGUCGAUGGGGCUCUUCUAGCUGAUGGACCCCCAGACGGGGCUGAACUAGACCAGUACCUGAAGCCAGUGCCAAUACCAGAUUACCAUGAAAUGCAGCCUCGUUACACGCACACGCUGCCUCACCAUCCACCAGGGCUCUACACCCCCGUUCCUUCCCAUCUACAUCCGCCCUGUGAUUGGACACACUACACGGGUCAUCCC